AUGACCAGCCCAAGCUACAGACUGAUCGUCAACUAUGGUCCAGAGAGACCUGUUAUCAUCAGUCCGGAUAUAGCGAUGACAGGACACAUCGUCACUUUCAACUGCUCGGCCUCCUCUCAGCCUCCCAGCCAGUUCAGCUGGUUCUUCAAUGGCUCCCAGGUGGCAACCGGCUCAGUGUAUAAGACUGGCCCACUGACCUUAGCCAGUCAUGGGAAGUACACCUGUGUGGCCUUCAACAAUGUCACUGGCAGAAAUAGCACUGUCUCCAAGAUGCUCACUGUUGUUGCACCUGUGACCAUGACCAUGGUGAAAGUCAUUGGAGCCCAGCCAAUACUGAAUGAGACAUUCUCUCUGACCUGUGACACCGCUGGAACCAUUAACUCCAUUCAAUGGAUGAGGAACGGCUGGCCUCUGUAUGCUGACAACAGAACAGACUUCUCUAUGAACAACAAUACACUGACAUUCAACUCUGUCCAGCAUUCUGACAACGGAGACUAUCAGUGUUCUGCCUACAACCCACUCAGCAACAUGACCAGCCCAAACUACAGACUGAUCGUCAACUAUGGACCAGAGAUGCCUGUUAUAACAGGACCAGCAUUAGGAGAAACAGGACACAGCGUGACCUUCAACUGCUCGGCCUCCUCUCAGCCUCUCAGCCAGUUCAGCUGGUUCUUCAAUGGUUCCCAGGUGGCAACUGGCUCAGUGUAUAAGACUGGCCCACUGACCUUAGCCAGUCAUGGGAAGUACACCUGUGUGGCCUUCAACAACAUCACUGGCAGAAACAGCACUGUCUCCAAGAUGCUCACUGUUGUUGAGGCUAUAAAGUCAGUGAUGGUGAAACAAAGCAAAAUACCGAUAGCAUCUGACAACCUAACCCUGACCUGUGAUGUCACCGGGCGCUAUGACACAAUCUACUGGAUGAAGGACAACCUGCCUCUGAUCCUGAACAACACCUUGAACUCUGACAUCACCAUCUCCAACAACUCUCUGCACUUCAGUCCAGUCAAGGUGUCUAAUGAUGGAAACUAUCAGUGCGUCGCCACCAACCUCCUUCGUCCACACACCAGCCCUAAAUACCAGCUAUUAGUGAACUAUGGCCCUCUGAGUGUGGACAUCUCUGGCCCAGUCUCAGUGGUGAUUGGCUCAGUAAUCACAGCCACGCUGAAGUGCUCUGCCAACUCCCAGCCAACCAGUGAAUACGGGUGGAAAUUCAACAACCAAUCAGUGCUGGGGACUGGUCCUUUGAUAGCUGUUGUCGCCUCCUUGGAGAAUGCAGGGAACUACACUUGUGUGGCCAAGAACCCUGUGACCAACAUCUCAAUGUCCAAAACCAUCAGUCUGGAUGUCACUGGCCACUCUCCUGCCCCUCCAUUCCAGUCCAGAGUUGGUCUGAUGCUGAUGGCCCUGCUAGCUCUCUCUCUCUGCUUCUGAUCAACCACUGAGACCACCACAGUAUGCACACUGCAUGUCUGUCUGCUGGCUGGGAGCCAAUCACUCCCUUCCCUCUACCCUCACUGACCUGAGAAAGGACUGGAUAGGAAUAAGUGGUAUUGUCGAUAUUAUGAUUGCCCCAUCUUGCCACCAUAGGGCUGGGUUUAGUAUGCUCAGCUCCUUUCCAAUGUUUUUAGGUUGUGAGGAGAGAGUCAACAAGAGGUCAGAAGGGAGGGGUCUAUCCUCUUAGAAUAGAACCCACCUCUACAAUGUGUUUUUAUGUCAAUCAUCUCUAUUAACUGAUAUUCCUUUUAAAAACAACAAUCUUGAAAACUGG